AGCCCCGGGCCAGGCCCCCUGGGCGCCCUGAGCCUCCAGUGAGCGCAGCGGGAGCAGGCAGCAGGAGCACCAUGACCGAAGGAAGCAUUGUGAAGGAAGGCUGGCUGCACAAGCGAGGGGAGUACAUCAAGACAUGGCGGCCACGCUACUUCCUUCUCAAGAGUGAUGGCACCUUCAUCGGCUACAAGGAGAGGCCGCAGGACGUGGAGCAGCGCGAGUCCCCUCUGAACAACUUCUCUGUGGCACAGUGCCAGCUGAUGAAGACGGAGCGGCCGCGGCCCAACACCUUCAUCAUCCGUUGCCUGCAGUGGACCACGGUCAUCGAGCGCACCUUCCACGUGGAGACGCCUGAGGAGCGGGAGGAAUGGACCACAGCCAUCCAGACAGUGGCCGACGGGCUCAAGAAGCAGGAGGAGGAGAUGAUGGACUUCCGGUCGGGGUCUCCCAGUGACAACUCGGGCGCCGAGGAGAUGGAGGUGUCGCUGGCCAAGCCGAAGCACCGUGUGACCAUGAACGAGUUUGAGUACCUGAAGCUGUUGGGCAAGGGCACCUUUGGGAAGGUGAUCCUGGUGAAGGAGAAGGCCACCGGCCGCUACUACGCCAUGAAGAUCCUCAAGAAAGAGGUCAUCGUGGCCAAGGACGAAGUGGCACACACGCUCACGGAGAACCGUGUGCUGCAGAACUCCCGACACCCAUUUCUCACCGCACUCAAGUACUCCUUCCAGACUCACGACCGCCUCUGCUUCGUCAUGGAGUACGCCAACGGCGGCGAGCUCUUCUUCCACCUGUCCCGCGAGCGCGUGUUCUCCGAGGAGCGCGCCCGCUUCUACGGCGCUGAGAUUGUGUCGGCGCUGGACUACUUGCACUCGGAGAAGAACGUGGUGUACCGGGACCUCAAGCUGGAGAACCUGAUGCUGGACAAGGACGGACACAUCCGCAUCACCGACUUCGGGCUGUGCAAGGAGGGCAUCAAGGACGGUGCCACCAUGAAGACCUUCUGCGGGACACCCGAGUACCUGGCCCCCGAGGUGCUCGAGGACAACGACUAUGGCCGCGCUGUGGACUGGUGGGGGCUGGGCGUGGUCAUGUACGAGAUGAUGUGUGGCCGGCUGCCCUUCUACAAUCAGGACCACGAGAAGCUCUUCGAGCUGAUCCUCAUGGAGGAGAUCCGCUUCCCACGCACGCUGGGCCCUGAGGCCAAGUCCCUGCUCUCAGGCCUGCUCAAGAAGGACCCCAAGCAGAGGCUUGGCGGGGGCUCUGAGGACGCCAAGGAGAUCAUGAGGCACCGCUUCUUCUCCGGCAUCGUGUGGCAGGACGUGUACGAGAAGAAGCUGAGCCCGCCCUUCAAGCCCCAGGUCACCUCUGAGACAGACACCAGGUAUUUUGAUGAGGAGUUCACGGCCCAGAUGAUCACCAUCACGCCUCCCGACCAAGUUCUCCUACUCGGCCAGCGGCACUGCCUGAGUGAUCCCCAGGAUGGAAGGAGCCCACGCGCGGCUGCAGCCACGGAGCCAGGCCACCCUUUGCAGCAGACAGGAGGGAAACUGCCAGUCCUUAAUUUAUUUCACCGACUCAUUCUGGCGAGGCCCGGGCUGCCAGGGCCAAUGGGCAGAGGCCAGGCUGGGGAGUAGUGCUGGGCACUCCAUCUCCUCUCCCUGCCAGCGGCUGGCCUCUGAGGAGACUGUGGGUGGCCCUGGGGGAGGGCCAGCCAGGGACAACACUGUGGCCUCUUCCUGAGGCCAGAGGCCCUUCCUCAAGUCAGGUGGCCCUUGGGGACUGUCCCCCAGUGUCCCCUUGGAUGGCCCCUCUGAAAGUUCCUGUUCUCUCAGACGUUCCACGUUGCUGGUUCUCGCCCUGGCCCCGCCAGCAUUUUUAUCAUCAACCUUUGUAUUUUUACUAUGAAACCUGGAAUGGCCCCUCCAAGUUCAAUAAAAACUGCUUUUCAA